AUGGAUGACCGAAGCUGUAAUAAUGCUACAACGAGUGGUGCGCAUUGGUCAAACGCCACCGAUAACAGCAGCCUGGACUAUGCCUGCCUCCAUUACAGUUACUGGGGCGAUCCACUGGCUGCCAUAGAGAUCGCUGCCAUGGUAUUAGUGAUUGUUUGCAAUACCGCCGGCCUCGCCAGCCUUUACCGCACCACCGCAAUCAGUGGUUCAUUCAAACCAUACAUAGCCAACCUUCUCCUAGCAAACCUGGCCAUGGCCAUCCUGGAGAAUCCACUGGACAUCCUCUUCGAGCUCUCUUGCGAUCGGUGGACGCUCUCGUGGGCAGCCUGUGAUUUUUUCUUGUACUGCAACUACGUUUUUGCCGGCUGGGAGAUGCAUGCCCACCUUCUCAUCACAGUGAACCGGCUAUGGGCGAUGAUCUUUCCCUACAACUACCGCCACCGGCACACGAUGACCACCAGCUUUGUUUUGACGACUGGCGCCUUCAUUUACGUGCAUGCAUGGAUUUUGCCUGGUCUCGUCCGGGAUUCCCUUUUCUUCCGAAUAAUGGGGAGAGAAUGCGAAGUCAAUGGCGACGCCCAACGACCCUGGCAGCUGAUGGUGCAGACCUUCUUGUUUCUGGCUCCAAUUGCCUUUGUGGCCGGAUCCUACGUCUGCCUGGUAGUCAGACAGCGGAUGCGUCUGAAAACGCGUCCUGAUGCACCGGAAAUCGAACUACAGUCACGCCCGACAGAUAAUGGAACCAGCGGUGAGGCUCCUGCAGCGCUGAAGAAGACGCGUCGGCAAAAUAGCCGAGCCUUUUUCAUCCUCACCCUGUUGACCUGCAGUUUGGUUGUCACAUGGACGCCCUACCAGGUGUGCCAGUUGCUGCAGAUCGGGGGUGUGACGGUAAAUGAUGACGUCGUGGGCGCCUUGGAUGUUUUGUGGAUCAUCCAGUCUAUCCUGGAUCCGUUGCUGUCCACCAGCAUUGUCUCCGACGUGCGUACUGUUUUUGUACAGCGGCAUUGA